CUCAUAUCACCCGUUAUAGAUAGAUACACAAAGCACACAAUUGAUUGACGUUCCUGUGACAAGAAAAUGAACUGGGCAAAGAAGGAACGGUGUGGCUAACAGAAUAAGGAGGACAUGGUGGUUGUCCAUUUGCCGCCGAGUUCCAUGUCUGCUCCUCCGGCUAGACUUUUAAGCGGCAAUUUUGGUGGGUCCCAAUUUAUAUCUCAUAGAAAUGAAGCUGUUCUCCCUUCCUCCCUUUCCAUCUCCAAAUUGAGCCCCAUAUCUUCUUCCAAGUGUUCUUGCAUUAAAGAGGAACACACCACUAGAGCAUCUGAGGGUUUCUCAGUGUUGGAAUCAGAUAUUCUUUGGGACAGUGAGGCUACAUGGAGCACCAUGGCUUUGUAUUUGUUUAGUUUACACAUUCCUAUGAGUUAUGGAGGGUUGUCUGUGGUUGCCUACUUGUUGCAUCGACCUAUUCUUGAUUUACAGACUGAGGCAUUAUCACUGCUUGCAAUUCAAACGUUCGAGCUCACUGGAGUAUUGUGGCUACUAAGGUGCAUUGCAAAGCCAGGAUAUAAGUUUGUUAACUUGUUCCAAGCUGAGAAGCUAACAAAAGAUAGGAACUGGCUGACGGCAUCAGCACUGGGCUUUGGGUUUCUUAUCUUGUUAGUUUUCAUUACUUCACUCCUUGCUGACCAAUUGAUAGGGCCCAAGGAUGUGAACAACCCCAUAAUGAAGGAAAUCCUUUCAAGUGGUUUCGUUUCUCAAACUGCCUGCAUCCUUGUUUAUUGCAUCGUCACUCCCCUGUUGGAAGAAAUUGUUUACAGAGGGUUCCUUUUAGCAUCUCUUACGUCCAGAAUGAAAUGGCAACAAGCUGUUGUCAUAAGCUCAGCCAUUUUCAGUGCGGCUCAUUUCUCUGGUGAGAAUUUCUUACAGUUAUUCAUAAUUGGGACUGUCCUUGGAACCUCCUAUUGUUGGACAGGAAACUUAAGUUCUUCAUAUCUUAUUCAUUCCUUGUACAAUGCCCUCACACUUGUAAUCACAUACUCAUCUUAAUGUUUAAUAUGAACCAAUUUUGAUGUUCUGAAAUCACUGAAAUUAGGUUAUCCCUUGGACAAAUGUGAUUAACUUAUGACUUUUGAUCUUACCUCAUAAAUUGAGGUUAUCAAUAAGAUUCUUCAAUUUCAGGACUGAUGAGUUUAUAGCAUUAUAAAAGUAAAUAAAACCCAGUUUUCAUCACAUCUUAAUGCUCACUAGUCUCAUAAACGAUGCAACUUGGCCAAAACUCCCAAUUAUUCAAGACUCUGGGAUAUAUGCCAAAUUAAGACUCGAACCUUAGAAUCCUCUCCUUCCCGCGCCUUUUAUACACCUUCAAAGGCAUGAACAUUUACUAUGUAUGGAAACAUAUGAUGAUCUUUUAUACAUUUGCUUUACGUUUUAGAUUAUUUAUUUAUUUAGGUUAAUAACAGACACCAACACAAUGUCCUAUGACCUUAGGGAGCUAAGCUUUAUGUUUUAUGUUUUAUGUUUUAUAUUUUAUGUUUUAUGUUAGAAUCAAAUUGCCGUUACAACUAAUUGGUCAUUCCAGUGAUAACAAACAGAGCAUUGAAAUGAGGGUUUAGGGCUCUUAGGCUUGGUGAUCCGGUGAUCGCCGCGGUGGUCGGAGGCACAAGUCCCAGUCUUGUAUGAUUCUUUUGGAUUGAGAAUUGUCCUUCAUCGUGCUUGCCGUUAAAAAGUAGUCCAACCGCACUAACGGUGGAGUUGGUCUUGACUAUGAUUUUCAUCAUGAGAUCAUGGAAGGUUGACUUACUUUUAUGGUAAUUGGCCCAAACCUUAGAAUGUGAGAAUAAUUAUGCUCAAAAAUAAUUUCAUUUAUUUUGCUAAGUAUUUAAUAUAAUAAGGGCAAAUUAUAUGGAAAAAAAAAAAAAUUUUGUUGUAAAUUUCAUGAUCCAAAACAUGACAUGAAAAAAAAAAAAAAAUGC